GCAACGCGGAUGACUUCUCGAGCUUCACAUGAGUCGGAGAAUCAUGAAGACGACGGCAGAGGCAUCGACCUGCUGACUCUCCUUCUAGCGGCUCCUUGAUUCCUCAUUUGUCCGCAAGGAUGAGAAGUAGAGCAGUGCAAUGCAGCUACCGAUGCUACACCACAUAUCUUAGACUGUGGGAUUUGUGCUGUUUGGUUCAUCGGUGCUCAAACACAGUUCGCGACUCCCAGGCGGGUUCUCAACUUAUCUAGAGCCAAGGGUCGCAAGAACACGUGGGAUUGAACCAUUGGUUCCAGCGAUGGGUGCAACUCCAAGUCGAUAUAACGGGUUUAAGGUCUACUAAUUCAUGUCUAGCACUUUAUUGGGACAUGGUCUGAAUUGAGCCGGACAUCCUGAAUCGAGGGUUAUCUGAUCUGUCCCGGCCGUGAUGAAUUCUCGGCCUAGCCAGGAUGGCGUCUCAAGACAAGGCUGGUAUCUUGUUGCCGUGACCUUGUCUUGUUCAUUGUUUUGCAAAGUGCAGGCUACAGGUUUCAGAGGCUCAUUGUUACAUCGACAUGGUACAGUAGCUCUGGUCUACUAAACGUGCACCUUUUGGUCAAUUCAUACCAUAAGAACAUGAUCAGACCCUCUCCAGUGAUGUCUAGCAUUUAUUAUAAAGGAUAUUCAUCCUUGGGGGGGUAUUUUCAAUCCAUCACUAGAUGUCAUAUCUGAGGCAUCGCUUUUGGGCAACUGUUCAAAUGAAGAUAUGAAGGUUUCAAAGGUAUCUGCUGGCACUACGAAUAAUGGCGUCGCCUCCAAUAGCAUUCCUCAACAGCCGACAUCUUUCAUCUCUUGCACAAAGUUGUCUUCAGUUUCUGAUGAUAGCUUAUCGACACCUACAUCCACUUCAGCUACUUCAGAUCCCGCAACAUUGACGAAUCAGGCGACCCCUUCUGGAUUGAUUCCUACACGAUUCUACUCGGAAAGCAAACUCGUUGUUGAUUCGGAUGGACCUAAGUUGCUCUCGCCAGAACUAGCACCAACACCAACAGGGCCGCGUGAAACAUCUACUCAGACUCAGCAGGCACAUGCACUUGAGACAUCCAUACCACCACCCAAGGCUAGUGUCAUUGUAUGCAACAAACGUCCCCAGGGUGUAUCACCCGGCGGCUUUGGGCGGCACACCAACGACUGGCUCAGAAUCAAUGUCAAUCUCACCGCCACGAGUUCCAAUCUGGCCCGCCUGGUCGUCGAUACUGUGGCAGAAGAAGUGAAGAAGUUGAGGAAGGAGAACUCAGAGGGGGGUGGUCAAUAAUGAGCAUGUCGUUCUCGUUUGCAGAUAAUUUCUGAUCAAUUUGA